CUAAGAUCAUUGUGGGUUAUUAGCAAAAAAAGAAUUUACAUUUUAAAUUCAAUAGAAAAGAAUACCAACUCUUAAGGUGGAAUUUAAAACAUAAAAAAAACAAUGAUCCCAUUUCAUUUUUCCGAUCCUUCCCUAUUGUCACACUCUCCCGAUGCUACUUCCCUCUUACCACCUUCUAAUCACUAACCUUCUUCCUCCAAAGAAUCCAUUUAUGUUGACAGUGUCAAACUUCUCUGCUCUGGUUUGUUCUACAGCAACAUUUCUCGCUGUACACAGUCUCGCCGAAAAAAGUACCUUCCUCUUUAUAUUUGCACAACACUUUAUAAGAAGUGGUAACAGUAAUAUGUUGUUGUCUUUUAACACUAGUCUCGUGAUGGACCUUAUAGCACCAUGGUUUUUAACCAGUGGCGAAGCUAGGCUAUAAGAUGUGGGGGGACAUGCACCCACAAUCAUUUUAAAAUUUUAAGUUUUGUAUGUAAAAACAACAAAAGUUUGACAGCUCAUAUGGUAAAACUGUAGUUUAUGCACCCAUACUUUCCCAUGUUCGAUCCCUUUUAUAUGCAUUUUUAUUUUCAUUACCAAAAGUGCACCCACAAAUUAAAUGGUCUAGAUAUCGCCCCUGUUUUUAACUCAGGUAAGCUCUCUUAACAAAUUUGAUUGCUUGAGAAUAUAGGAGAAGUAAGUAGUGAUGGCGGCAAUGCUAAAUUACAACUAGAGACUUGAGCGAUGAGGUUAAUAUAAUGUUCUGUAAUCGUUGUGUAUAUUAGAAAUAAAACUAGUUUCUUGUCUCGUUUGGAUUCUACCAAUGCAAUUUAGAAAAUAGAUAGCUUUUUUAUGGAAGAGUUUGGGGGCAAAAAAGAAUGAGAAUGAGAAUCAAAAUCAAAGAAGAAGGUUUUGUUACGGAUACAAAUUACCAAAUUUGUUUUUUUGUUUUGUUUUAAAAUUUUACCAAAUUUCCCAUCAAAAUCUUUGAACCAACCAAGUCUCACCAGAUUUAAAACCCUCAAAAUUUUAUCAAAUCCCUAAUACAAUAGAGACCAAAACGAGUGUUUCAUUAACCACAAUCGGCUGGGGAUUUAAGAUACUUGGGAUUUAAUUUUGUUAAGUCGUCAUCAUGAUCAUGUGAUAAAAUAGAGAUCAAUAAUGGUAAAUUAGAAAGUUAUGGGAUAAAUCAAUUAGACGUGCAUAUAACAAAAUAAACAUCUGAUGCACUCAAAAACGAAUAUUAGUUCGUUAGUCAAAGGGACAACAGAAACAAACCCCAAUAAAAUGAAAUGUUUCAAAAAAAAAAAACUAUGUAUAAUAAAUAUAUGAAAAUGAGAUAAAUAGAAUAUUCCAACUAUGGUAUGAAGAAAAGGUCUAUUAAAUAAUAACCUGUUGUCACGGGCACUGUUUCAUUCCUCUGGACCGCUUCUCCUUCAAGAUCUGUUCCUUCCUUCCUUCCUUCCCUCUUUUCCUCUAACCAGAUUUUUGUUGUACCCAUACAUACAUAAGAUAGAUCACUCCACUUCCUUACCAUAUUCAUCGUUCUUUGUUGAACUCUCUUUCUCUACUGUUUGGUCGAUCUAAGCCAUUUUUUUUUAAAGAUUUUUUUUUGUAUUUUCAGUACUGUUGUUACUCCCAAGUGUAGAUUCUGCGUUUGAACAAACCGAAACGUCUUCACAGGUUUGGCUUUUUUUUUUCUCCGAGUUUUUUUUUGUCCUUACAAAAAAAAACCUCGGCUUCAAGAAAGAUCCAAACUUGAUUCAUAAUCUAUAAUCUGAAAAAGGAAAAUCUAAAAAAAAUGGGUAAGAGUUGGUUUGCUGUUGUGAAGAAGGCCUUCACUCCCAGACCAAAACAAACAAAAGAUGAACAGCCACAUAAGGCCAAGAAGUGGUUUGGUAAAUCCAAGAAGUUGGAUGUUACCACUCCUGGUGUAGCUGGUUCCUUGCCUAGCAACACUCUUUGUGUUGCCAGAGAAGCGAAACUAAAGGAGAUCGAGGAGGAACAGAGCAGACAUGCUUACUCUGUGGCUGUUGCAACUGCUGCUGCCGCAGAUGCAGCUGUUGCAGCCGCUCAAGCUGCAGCUGAAGUCGUUCGUCUCACUGCAGUAUCACGUUUCCCUGGGAAAUCAAAGGAAGAUAUUGCUGCUAUCAAGAUUCAGACAGCAUUUAGAGGUUAUAUGGCAAGGAGAGCGUUGCGUGCGUUGAGAGGACUUGUGAGGCUAAAGUCUCUAGUCCAAGGGAAAGGUGUAAGACGUCAAGCCACAUCAACAUUGCAGAGCAUGCAAACACUAGCUAGAUUACAAUAUCAGAUUCGUGAGAGGAGGCUCCGUUUGUCAGAGGAUAAGCAGGCUUGUGCAAGAAAGCUCCAACAGAAACACAACAAAGAUUUUGCUAAGAUUGGAGGAAACUGGGAUGAUAGCACACUGUCUAGGGAGAGAGUUGAAGCAAACAUGUUGAACAAGCAAGUGGCAACUAUGAGAAGAGAAAAAGCACUUGCAUAUGCAUACACUCAUCAGAAUACGUGGAAAGGCUCAUCUAUUUCACAAACAUUCAUGGAUCCGAACAACCCGCAUUGGGGUUGGAGCUGGCUAGAACGUUGGAUGGCUGCACGACCAAACGAAAACCAGUCAGUCACACUCACACCAGACACCGCUGACAAAACCUCUUCUGCUGCGAAUAGUGUAGCAAGCCGUGCCAGGUCUGAGAUAAUCCCACGCGGCAGAAAGCCAUCACCGAAACGAAUCACACCACCAAGUAGUCGAAGAAUGUCAAGCCCUGGAGUGAGGCAAGUCCCAAGUGGGGAUGAAGACUCGAAGAGCAGGUUGAGUAUCCAAUCAGAACAGCCUGGCAACCGUAGGCAUAGCAUUGGGGGGUCAUUGCCAUCCACUAGAGAUGAUGAGAGUAGUAUCACUAGUAGUAGUGUCUCUCAGUCAGUUCCGGGCUACAUGGCGCUUACACAAGCAGCUAAAGCGAGAGCACGGCUCUCAAACCUUAGUCCUUUAGGGUCAGAGAAGACUGCGAAAAAGCGGCUUUCGUUCUCUGACUCUCCUAAUAAGACUGUAAGACGGUUUUCAGGUCCCCCUAAGCUGGAAAGCAGUGGUAACAACAAAAAUAAAGAUAGUGUUCUUGCUUAAGCAGGAGACUGGAUAUAGUUUAGACAAGAGUCUGCAACAGAGGUGAGAUCAGAUCAGAGAAAAUUAUGUUGUGUCUUUUGUCUAUAACAGUUGUCUUGAUUUUGUUUUGGAUUAUUUUGACUCCUUUAAACUUAACUAUUUGUUUUGAUUUUUUGAUUGGUUGUUAUUUGGUAAUGUAACUUUCGUAAUGAUAAAAGGACAAAAAUAUAAACAAGUUUAGAGAUUUUCAGUGUAA